UUCAUUCAUUUUCUAUUUCUUUUCCAGCAGACAAAAAGCUGGCCGAUCUUGCCGCACAGCGCGCUGUCACCCGCCUGGUGGUCGGACCAUGUAUGCAGCAGACGCCAUCUUUGAUUUGGAGUUGGACCAAACAGUGCCUUCCCAGUGCGGAGAGUUCCUGGCCAUGCUACAGGGGGGUUCCGAUGGCAGCAGCUUCGACCUUGACCUUGACUCGACCUUUGACCCCGUGGAAAGCGCCCAACCGGUGAAGGGACCGUUUCCGUCGUCGUACAUGACGUCUUCUGUGAGCGGCCGCAGCGGUGGCGCGGAGUUGGAGGAUGAUGGGGCGGCUAGGCGUGUGUUCCUUGAUGGUCGGAGAGGUUUUGGGGGGAGUAGUCCUACAGAAGGGGGCAUGGUGGGAAUACCGGUGAUGUCGGAGUGGAGGCGAGGAGGAGGAGGAGGAGGAGGAGGAGGUGGCUGUGGUGGGCUGAGAGGAGGUCAACGCGAGAGUGUGACGUCAUCGAACAAUUGUCUGUAUAACGGACUGGCCGUCGGGCCGAGCGCCCGUAAAGGCGAGUAUCUUGUGACUGAAGGUCCGAGUUCCAGACCCCGCCAACUCCCUCCUCUGCGCGUCGGUCCCACGUCCUGCCCACAGCAGAAUCAAAAGGAGGGGAUCAUCUCCCCUCACGGCAACAGCGGCCCGCUAGCCACCCGCCAACCGCCCAGCUACGAGGAAUACCUCACCCAGACCCUCAGUCCCACAAUGCCCCUGUCGCCCGGAACUGACGUCAUCGCGGCCUCCAUGGACAGUAGUUGUGGUGACGUCAUCGCCGCCAUGGACAGUAGCAAUUGUGACGUCACUGCCGCUUUGGACAACAGUGACGAAGGCUCUACGUCAUCGUCUGGCAACCUGUUGGAUGACAUCAUGGAGUGUAUACAGCUGGACAGUGCAGGAGGUGUUGUCACAGACACUGGCGUCGGUGACAUCACGGACAGACUCGGUCUCAGAGACUCCCCCAGUCCCGACCUGGCCGACGCCAUGGCGUCAUCACCGGACGUGACGUCACAGAAGAACUCGGCCGACUCCGGAGACAAGAUGAGGGAGAUAGCAUCUGUGAUUCUGGCUGGCAGCGGUCAGGUCCAGCUGUGGCAGUUUCUCCUAGAGCUACUCACCGACAGCAACAACGACACGUGCAUCCGCUGGGUGGGCGCUAACGGCGAGUUCCGUAUGGUGGACCCAGAGGAGGUGGCCCGCAGGUGGGGUCAGAGGAAGAACAAGCCCAACAUGAACUACGACAAAGUGAGCCGUGCCAUGCGGUACUAUUACGACAAAAUGAUCCUCUCGAAGGUGCACGGCAAACGAUACACCUACCGCUUCAACUUCAAGGUCAUCAUGCGCGCGCAGCGACAUGCACAGACACCCAGUGACCCAGCCGAUUUCUCUAACUUCCUGAACGUUCUAAAUCAAGCCACUUCCUCUUCGGCUCCCGAUCUCAGCCGGAGUUUCCCGACAGGAGUGUCGUCCGAUGUCGCUUCAACCGCCUCUUCAGGCUUUUCCUCCACUAUGGAGAAUGUUAACAAACAAUCUCAAGAGAUCAAUACUCCUGGUGGUCAGUCGUUCUUGCUAGACACUACCACACGUCAUCAGACGUCUAUGUCCAGCGAGUCCAGUUUCUUUGACAAGAGCCAGGCCCCUAUGCGGUUUUCCUGCCCUAACAUGCUGGAGAGCGUGGCAGCUGACAAGGAGAGGUCUUCCAACUGGAACAAUACAGAUUUCUCUUUCAACUCAGCCAAUCAGGGCUUUGAUAACAAGCUGACUCGGUGGAACAGUCAUUCCGUGGCCAGCUUUUGGGCAGAUUUGGGCGGGGCUGGAGAAGCAAGAGUGACGUCAUCUCCUAACUUGGUGGAACAAAAGCCACACCUUGCGACGAUGUCGAACUUGAGCGUUUCAACAGGCUCCCCCAACAGUUCCUUCCACGACCCCCUAUCUCCCCGACCCCCCGGCCCUCACAGACCCUCGACCCUGUCUCCCACCGGAAGCUACGCGAGACUCAUGACGUCAGCAGACACACGCCGCCGCCAUUUUGUCUCGGACAAGUGGUUCAGCCUGCCUUCCGAAAGCUCCGACAACCAUCUCUCCCCCUCCUCCUCCUCCUCCUCCGCCGCCCAUUUCCCCGCCAGUCGCUGCCACAGUCCGUACAGCAGGCAGGGUUCGAACCGCGACCAACACCACCACCUCUUCCGUAGAGGGAGAUUUAUGAGUCUGGAAAAACGACACAGUCUUCCUACAGAACUGAACCUGGCCAAAGAUCUUCAAGAACUUUCUAAAGCCCACAGUCCGCCCUCGUGGUUUCCUGACUCGUCAACUGGACCCUCGAGCCCGCACGGUGCCGCAAGUUUCGGUGACGUAGAACCCACGUUUGGUAACCUCAACAUUAACUCUGUGGGUUCAGCUGGGCCCCAACAGACACGUCAUCAGUGUGUAGAUUUUUGUUGUCCAGGGGAAGGACAGCAAGGUUGUUCCUCCUUCUCUCUCUCUGGACUAGACUCUACUGAGGAUCUCCAGUGCGAGAACUCCAAGCCUUUUGAACAAACCAUGUCUUUCAAUCGGGGCAGCUGUGACUUCACAUUCGGCCCAGAACGGUCUCAAACUCAGAUCAAUAACUUUGUGACUCUGGAGCAGCAGCGCCUCCAGCAGCAACAACAUCAACGGCAGCAACAACUUCAGCAGCAACAACAAAAAUAUCAAAAACAGCAACAUUUGCAGCAGCAGCUUCAGCAACAAAAGCAGCAACA